GUGACCAUGACCAUGGUGAAAGUCAUUGGAGCCCAGCCAAUACUGAACGAGAGAUUCUCUCUGACCUGUGGCACCGCUGGAACGGUUUACUCCAUUCAGUGGAUGAGGAACGGCUGGCCUCUGUAUGCUGACAACAGAACAGACUUCUCUAUGAACAACAAUACACUGACAUUAUACUCUGUCCAGCAUUCUGACAACGGAGACUAUCAGUGUUCUGCCUUCAACCCCUUCAGCAACAUGACCAGCCCAUACUACAAACUGAUCGUCAACUAUGGACCGGAGAUGCCUAUAAUAACAGGACCAGCAUUUGGAGAAACAGGACACAGCGUGACCUUCAACUGCUCUGCCUCCUCUCAGCCUCUCAGCCAGUUCAGCUGGUUCUUCAAUGGCUCCCAGGUGGCGACCGGCUCAGUGUAUGAGACGGGCCCACUGACCUUAGCCAGUCAUGGGGAAUACACCUGUGUGGCCUUCAACAACAUCACUUGCAGAAAUAGCACUGUCUCAAAGAUGCUCACUGUUGUUGCAACAGUGACCGUGACCAUGGUGAAAGUAAUUGGAGCCCAGCCAAUACUGAACGAGAGAUUCUCUCUGACCUGUGGCACCGCUGGAACGGUUUACUCCAUUCAGUGGAUGAAAAACGGCUGGCCUCUGUAUGCUGACAACAGAACAGACUUCUCUAUGAACAACAAUACACUGACAUUCAACUCAUUACAGCAUUCUGACAAGGGAGACUAUCAGUGUUCUGCCUCCAACCCCUUCAGUAACAUGACCAGCCCAGAAUACAGACUGAUCGUCAACUUUGGACCGGAGUUGCCAAUAAUAACAGGACCAGCAUUAGGAGAAACAGGACACAGCGUGACCUUCAACUGCUCUGCCUCCUCUCAGCCUCCCAGCCAGUUCAGCUGGUUCUUCAAUGGAUCCCAGGUGGCGACUGGCUCAGUGUAUGAGACGGGCCCACUGACCUUAGCCUGUCAUGGGGAAUACACCUGUGUGGCCUUCAACAACAUCACUUGCAGAAACAGCACUGUCUCCAAGAUGCUCACUGUUGUUGCAACAGUGACCAUGACCAUGGUGAAAGUCAUUGGAGCCCAGCCAAUACUGAAUGAGAGAUUCUCUCUGACCUGUGGCACCGCUGGAACGGUUUACUCCAUUCAGUGGAUGAGGAACGGCUGGCCUCUGUAUGCUGACAACAGAACAGACUUCUCUAUGAACAACAAUACACUGACUUUCAACUCUGUCCAGGAUUCUGACAACGGAGACUAUCAGUGUUCUGCCUCCAACCCCCUCAGCAACAUGACCAGCACAGAAUACAGACUGAUCGUCAACUAUGGACCGGAGAUGCCUAUAAUAACAGGACCAGCAUUUGGAGAAACAGGACACAGCGUGACCUUCAACUGCUCUGCCUCCUCUCAGCCUUUCAGCCAGUUCAGCUGGUUCUUCAAUGGCUCCCAGGUGGCGACUGGCUCAGUGUAUGAGAUGGGCCCACUGACCUUAGCCUGUCAUGGGGAAUACACUUGUGUGGCCUUCAACAACAUCACUUGCAGAAAUAGCACUGUCUCAAAGAUGCUCACUGUUGUUGCAACAGUGACCGUGACCAUGGUGAAAGUCAUUGGAGCCCAGCCAAUCCUGAACGAGAGAUUCUUUCUGACCUGUGGCACCGCUGGAACGGUUUACUCCAUUCAGUGGAUGAAAAACGUCUGGCCUCUGUAUGCUGACAACAGAACAGACUUCUCUAUGAACAACAAUACACUGACAUUCAACUCAUUACAGCAUUCUGACAAUGGAGACUAUCAGUGUUCUGCCUCCAACCCCCUCAGCAACAUGACCAGCCCAGAAUACAGACUGAUCGUCAACUAUGGACCGGAGAUGCCUAUAAUAACAGGACCAGCAUUAGGAGAAACAGGACACAGCGUGACCUUCAACUGCUCAGCUUCCUCUCAGCCUCUCAGCCAGUUCAGCUGGUUCUUCAAUGGAUCCCAGGUGGCGACUGGCUCAGUGUAUGAGACGGGCCCACUGACCUUAGCCUGUCAUGGGGAAUACACCUGUGUGGCCUUCAACAACAUCACUUGCAGAAACAGCACUGUCUCCAAGAUGCUCACUGUUGUUGCAACAGUGACCAUGACCAUGGUGAAAGUCAUUGGAGCCCAGCCAAUCCUGAAUGAGAGAUUCUCUCUGACCUGUGACACUGCUGGAACCAUUUACUCCAUUCACUGGAUGAAGAACGGCUGGCCUCUGUAUGCUGACAACAGAACAGACUUCUCUAUGAACUACAAUACACUGACCUUCAACUCUGUCCAGGAUUCUGACAACGGAGACUAUCAGUGUUCUGCCUCCAACACCCUCAGCAACAUGACCAGCCCAGAAUACAGACUGAUCGUCAACUAUGGACCGGAGAUGCCUAUAAUAACAGGACCAGCAUUUGGAGAAACAGGACACAGCGUGACCUUCAACUGCUCUGCCUCCUCUCAGCCUCUCAGCCAGUUCAGCUGGUUCUUCAAUGGAUCCCAGGUGGCGACUGGCUCAGUGUAUGAGAUGGGCCCACUGACCUUAGCCUGUCAUGGGGAAUACACUUGUGUGGCCUUCAACAACAUCACUUGUAGAAAUAGCACUGUCUCAAAGAUGCUCACUGUUGUUGCAACAGUGACCAUGACCAUGGUGAAAGUCGUUGGAGCCCAGCCAAUACUGAAGGAGAGAUUCUCUCUGACCUGUGGCACCGCUGGAACGGUUUACUCCAUUCAGUGGAUGAGGAACGGCUGGCCUCUGUAUGCUGACAACAGAACAGACUUCUCUAUGAACAACAAUACACUGACAUUCAACUCAUUACAGCAUUCUGACAAUGGAGACUAUCAGUGUUCUGCCUCCAACCCCCUCAGCAACAUGACCAGCCCAGAAUACAGACUGAUCGUCAACUAUGGACCGGAGAUACCAAUAAUAACAGGACCAGCAUUAGGAGAAACAGGACACAGCGUGACCUUCAACUGCUCUGCCUCCUCUCAGCCUCUCAGCCAGUUCAGCUGGUUCUUCAAUGGAUCCCAGGUGGCGACUGGCUCAGUGUAUGAGACGGGCCCACUGACCUUAGCCUGUCAUGGGGAAUACACCUGUGUGGCCUUCAACAACAUCACUUGCAGAAACAGCACUGUCUCCAAGAUGCUCACUGUUGUUGCAACAGUGACCAUGACCAUGGUGAAAGUCAUUGGAGCCCAGCCAAUACUGAAUGAGAGAUUCUCUCUGACCUGUGACACUGCUGGAACCAUUUACUCCAUUCACUGGAUGAAGAACGGCUGGCCUCUGUAUGCUGACAACAGAACAGACUUCUCUAUGAACUACAAUACACUGACCUUCAACUCUGUCCAGGAUUCUGACAACGGAGACUAUCAGUGUUCUGCCUCCAACACCCUCAGCAACAUGACCAGCCCAGAAUACAGACUGAUCGUCAACUAUGGACCGGAGAUGCCUAUAAUAACAGGACCAGCAUUUGGAGAAACAGGACACAGCGUGACCUUCAACUGCUCUGCCUCCUCUCAGCCUCUCAGCCAGUUCAGCUGGUUCUUCAAUGGAUCCCAGGUGGCGACUGGCUCAGUGUAUGAGAUGGGCCCACUGACCUUAGCCUGUCAUGGGGAAUACACUUGUGUGGCCUUCAACAACAUCACUUGUAGAAAUAGCACUGUCUCAAAGAUGCUCACUGUUGUUGGUGAGUCAGUAACUGCUGCUUAAAAUCAAGGGACUAAAAGUUUAUUUA